AUGUUGGAUUUUUUAGAUAAGAAUCCAGAUAAUAAUCCAAAAGUAUCGCAAAAGUUGGUUAAUUCCGAUUCCAAAUGGAAGGAUCUAGAUAUACCCGGGGAUUUGUUUUCCGAAGGUUUAAUUUCCUUAGAAGUUCUAGAUAAUACUCAAAAUCACCAAGGUUCAAAAUUAAAUUCCAUAAAAUCAAGCUCAAAACCCAGAAAUGACAAACCACCACCUGAUAAUGAUAAGAUAUCGCAAGAAAAGGAAGUAACCAUCGACUACGAGGAGGUUAAUAAAAAAACAAAUGGCUGGACUAACCUUUCAGAAGAAAAUUACACAAUCCCUCAGCAAAUCCUUGUAAAUUUAUAUAAAAACAACUUUAAUUCACCAACACCUAUACAAAGAUUAACCCUAGUCCCCUCCAUUAUAAAGAAAACCCAUGUGUUAAUAUCCUCUGAAACUGGAUCAGGCAAAACAUUAUGUUUCGUGUUGCCAAUUGUAAUAUCACUUUUAUCGGAAAAAAUUGAUAAGAAAAUAGAAUCGUUAGUAAUUCUACCAACAAGAGAGUUGGCGGUUCAAGUUAAAAAGAUAUUCUUUAUGAUUUUGGAAGGAAUUGAUAUUAGAGUACUCUCUAUUAUCGGAGGAAUAUCUGUCCAAAAACAGGAACGACUGUUAAAGAAAGACCCAAGUAUAGUAGUUGCAACACCAGGCAGACUACAUGACUUCGUGAACGAUGGCAAACUAAGAGGUUUAUUCCAGCUGAGACACUUAGUUUUGGACGAAGUUGACAAGUUUUUUGAGGAUAAUUCAUACAAAGAAGUUCAAUUAAUUGUAAAAUAUGUAAAAAGGGCAAAAAUUCAGUGCUUUCUAAGUUCGGCAACAAUUUUAAACAUGAAAGAGAAUUUAAUCAGUUUGUUUAAACUCCUUAAUAUAAGUAAUCCAACGGUGUGUAUAUGCUCAAAGGACAACCAACUGUCAAUACCUUAUGACCAGUUGAGCAAUAAGUUAUUAUAUAAAAAAUUGUUCACAAAGUCAUUGACACAGGUUUCAAUACCUGAAAACUUAACAUUUAAACUUAUUGAUUCAGAGGAUAAAUAUAAAGUAACUCAAAUAACAAUUCUUAAUACAGUUUUAUUUCCUGAAGUUAGAUUGAUAGGUUAUUUAGUCGAUUAUCUCUGUAAUGUUGAGUCAAAAAAGUGUAUAAUAUUCGUCAACACAAUCACCUACGUGUACAGACUGGAGUCCUUGUUAAGCUUAAUUUUCUGGAAGGAUGUCCAUGAACAUAGACUCAAGAGGAAAUAUUGCACUACAUUUGAUGUUAAUACGAAACUUGACUUCGUCUCAGGAAUACACUCAAGACUAAAACAAAAACAAAGAUUAAACCGUCUUGAAAAGUUCAGCUCUAACAAAAAAUCCAUUUUGAUAUGUACUGAUGUGGCAUCUAGAGGACUAGAUAUACCUAAUAUUGACAUUGUGAUUCAUUUCCACCCACCAAAAGAUAAAUCGCUCUUUUUACACAGAUCAGGAAGAACUGCACGCCUUAAAUCUGACGGAGUUUCAGUGUGCUUUUGUAGUCCCAAUAACCGUGAAUUGUGGAAGAAGUUGUUCACUGAGAUAAAUAAAAACAUUGAUAAAAUAGAUCAAAUUGAGGAAAUACCAAGAGAUAAGUUCUUGAGUAUGUUUCAGCUAGUUGCUUUGAAAUUAACGAUACAAAUCAUAUCAAUUGUACAUGAUGAUACAGGGCUUAAGGAUUUGUUGCAACUGGCAGAAACUAUAGAAAAGAGCGAAUUCCAGAUGUCGAAGGAAAAGAGCGUGCAGAGCUGGUUCCAAAACGCCGCUAGGAAGGCGGAUAUAAUGCUUAGCGACGACGAAACCCAGGAAGAGACCAAGAGGCAGAGAAGUUAUAAAGCUAUGAAAUCUGAAAAGAAAAAGCUUUUAAAGGUAUUUUAA